ACCACUGCCACGAGUCCAUCUCUAAACAUAGAAUAUUUGAAAAAUCUCAAAGUGGAAAUCAGAUAAAAAACAAAAACAAAACUAAUGUUCCUGAAAGGGUUUUGCCUCUCUUGGUACAUGUAUGCUUCCUCAGCUACAGAGAAGCCAGUGAAAAGGGGAGACUGUGUGGAAUGAAGGAAAAGAGGAGGAGAUAAAAAAGGAGCAGAGAGAGACUGGCUGGGGGUAAAAAAACAACAGGAAACCAACCGAUUCUAAUGCUGUUUCUGCAAAUCCUUCAGAGAUAAAGCAGCCGCAUGCCACGUCCUGGCGAAGCAGCAGCCACACCAUGUCUUUUCUUUGCUCAUCAUCUGAAGUAAAGACAAUUUAAAGGACUUAAUGUUCAAAAUGUGACGUCACUUCUGCUCUCAGCCUCCAACCGUGUGGUUAGUCAGAAUGUGAGCGGAUGCAGACUUUUGGGAGCUGAUUGCUGGGAUUUCUAUGUGGCUGGUUCUUUGACCUACAAACUCAACCUUUCUCAGGGUCAUAUGGAUCGAUCGCUGUGCUUCCAAGGAUCUGUUUGUUUUAAUUAUCUGGACUACUAACUGGAGCCACAUGAAGAACAAAGGGACUAAGCAAAAGACCAAAAAAAAAGGAAGUGAAAAUGCGUUCGGCUGUGACCUGAUAGAACAUCUCCAGAAUUCAGGACAAGAUGUUCCUCAGGUUCUGAAGAAAUGUGCAGAGUUUAUUGAGGAGCAUGGGAUUGUGGACGGGAUCUACAGACUGUCGGGGGUCACCUCAAAUAUCCAGCGUCUCAGGCAGGAAUUCAGCUCUGAGGCGUGCCCUGACCUUACAAAGGAAGUGUACCUCCAGGACAUCCACUGUGUGGGUUCCUUAUGUAAGCUGUACUUCAGGGAGCUACCCAAUCCUCUGCUCACAUAUGAGCUAUACAGCAAGUUCACUGAAGUGGUCUCGGUCCAGGGGAAUCAUGAGAGACUUUUACACAUUCAGAGUGUCAUCAAAGAACUGCCAACGCCUCACUUCAGGACUCUGGAGUACCUCACGAAGCACUUGGCCCACCUUGCCACCUUAAGCACCCAGACGAACAUGCAUACGCGUAACCUGGCCCUGGUCUGGGCUCCAAAUCUAUUAAGAUCUAAAGACAUUGAGUCAUCAUCAGGUAACGGAGACAUGGCUUUCCAGGAGGUGCGGAUACAACAGUCAGUGGUUGAGUUUAUACUAAACCACACAGAGCAGAUCUUCAGCAGUGAUUCUAAGCAAAUCAAACCCAAAGAAGGACCGAGUCUGAUGUGUGGGGAGAAGUAUGCCACACUCCCGAUCAGUGGCCAGUGUGGGCCGAUGAAACUGAUGAGUCUGGAAGAAGCCCAGGCCCGCUCCUUAAGUCCAAACCAUCCUGUGCAUAGAGAACGUCAGCGGGAGAACAGCCUGCCUGAUACCAGCACCGCCACAUUCUACCACACUGUCAUAGACAUAGACAGCAAGAGGAAGUUUGCUGGGAAAUCGAAGAAGUGGAAGUCCAUCUUUAACCUGGGACGGUCUGUGGACUCGAAGGGAAAACUGAGCCGGAACGGCAGUGUGUUCAUAAGAGGACCUGGGAUAACAGAAAAGGCAGCUCUUCGUCCUUCCAGGAGCAUGGAGUCCUUAUGCUCUUUACCAACAGAUGAUGACAGAACAGGAAACAACAGUCCAGCUGGUGGCAUUUUCGUUCCAGAUGUGAAAUCCAGAACGCUGGGAUCCGACUCGCUCUAUGACCUGAGUGAACACGACCAAAACUGGGACUUUAAAGGGAACAAAGCUGAUGGGGCAACAGGUGGCUGGAGCUCUAGUAUGACCCAAAGGGGGUCACCAGGUGCCUCUGCACCCACUCAAAAAACACUGCCAGAACAACUGAAGGUGUUCAAAGGUGAUGACCUCAGCGGCUACAAGCCCACCUCUCCAAAAAACAGGAGGAUGUUGUACUCAGGUUCCUCCAACACCUCCUCUCGGCCCUCCUUCCCAGGAAGCUUCUUCCCGCUGGAGUCCUCGCCGAGGCAUCAGCGCAGAGCUGUUAACAUAUCUGAGCCCUUUGCCGUGUCUGUACCCCUGCGUGUGUCAGCUGUUAUCAGCUCCAACAGCACGCCAUGCAGGGGGCACGCCAAGGACAAAGCAGCUACUCUGAAACCCUGCAAAGAGAGCUCAGAGCAGAGCAGCAACAGUGGAAAGAGCAACACUUUCCCCCAACUGGAACCCAAGAAGCAGGAAGGAACAGAGAAGAAAAACACAGAGGUGCCGACCUCUAGAGUCCCGCAAGAGGAUACAAGCAAAGAGGUGGUGCAAGAAGGUCAAGGAGGGGUGAAUAUUUCGGAACUGGAACCACCGGUCCUUGCAAAUGCAAGAGAAGGCAAAGAUGCAGCGCCAUCUCCUGGGAAAGAACUGCACAACCAGUCCACAGCUUUGCAACUGGACAAGAGAUCUUCUACUGGGAAACAGAUGUGGUCUGACCUCCACCAAGAACUGAAGAUAACUGAACCUGAAAUUGACCUGCUGGAUGAGACUUUUAAACCUGUUUUUGACUCCAAGAGCACAUGUGAGGUCAGGAAAUUGACGAUGGACGUCAAGUCAAAACGAAGCCGCAGUUCUCCGUCUCUGUCUUUGUUAUUUAGGGAGCAGUCCUCAAAUACCUCUCUGAGUGAUCAUGUAAUCGCCACUGGAUCAGACUCUGCAAAGAAACAGCCCUCAGAGUCAGACAUCUUGUUUUCGCUUCACAAAAACACUGCUGACAUGGUGGAUGAGAAAGAGAAGAAGCUGCGUCUGAAAAUCACGCCUUUAAACAAAGGUGACCCAGCUUCCACCAAGCAGUCCCAACGUGCUUUAAACGAAACCUGUUUAGAUAAAGUUAUGGACGUUUUGACGUUAGAGGAUACUCCAACGGUUGAAGUCUUCUCAGGAGCAGAUGAUACCGGCAAAAAAACAGAGAAACGUGAAAUUCCUCCAGGAUUCAAAAACGUCUCCUGUGAAGGAGCAAAGAAUGUGAUUUCUGAGGUGGAAUUGAUUCAGAAGCUGUCAGUGUGUUUGGAGGAGAGACGUAACACUUUGGAGCUUCCACACCAUUACAGUGAUGAAGGAUGUGGAGGACACUCAGAGGACUUGGACUUGGUGGAGCCUUGGGAGGAUCUUAGCUCCACCAAGCAGUGGGUAACCAGUCCUCUCCACUCACCUGACGUGGAGGAGCUGUUCAACCAGCUGUCACCCUUCAGCUCUCGUGGGGAAAAUCCAAGCUUGGAGGAGGGGAAGAUUUCAUCUCCUUCAGCUGAUAAUAACAAACAGUCUCUCAUGAAGAGCACCGAACACCUCUCAGGAAACAUUCCUCAGUCUACCAGCAGCAAACCAGAAACUAAAUGGAUGCUUUUGCCAUCAAUACCUACACGGGUCAGUGUGAACAGCAAUAACACAACGCAACCUCACGCAGGAAGAAGCAGCACAACAAAACAGAAGAAUACAGUGUCAUCUCAGAGGUUUUACCGACAGAUGUCUUAUGAGGCAGCUGCUUCGGAGAAAAGAGAGGAGAAUUACUUUUCUAGAAACAGACCAUAUUCACUGAAUUUAGACCUGGGGCAUCGAUGCAUCAGAGACAUUUCUAAUCAGCAGAACCGUAAUUCAUCAGAGUUUUCCUCUUGUCAGAGAGGGUUACUGAGCUCGUCUGGAACUGGAAACAACGGACUGUCCUCAGAGCUGGAGUUGUUUCUGAGUGAUCGGCAGGCACCUCUACGCCGAAAUUCAGCCCCGGUCAGCGUGUCAUCGGUGCGAACAGCCUUCAUGAUAAAAACAUGCCAGGCCAAAGCUGUGCCCGUCGUCCCUCCGAAGGUGCAGUACAGUCAGAUACCUCACUCUAGACCCGAGAAUGAUUUUGACACAGUGAAGGAACAGGAAAAGGAAUAUCCUAAAAUGAUCGCAGAGAAAAGCAACAGCGCACCUCCUCCGAUGAUGUCAGAUCUAAAGGAGGAGCUGGAGAAUAAAGAGCCUGGAGCCGAACAUCAAAAACACCCGAAUGCUGAAAAAUGUGCUGAGUCUGUGAGGACCACAUCUACUCCAGAGCUGCCAGUCAUAACCAGGAGACAUGCGCCCAGUCUGGAAGUGUUUGUAGACUGUCCCAGGCCUAACAGAGGGAACAUCUUACAAAGACCCUCUUUUAGGAACAGGCAGAGACCUCAAAGUCUCAUCCUGCUCAGCCCUCCUUUCCCCAUCAUGGACUACCCACCGUCAGGAGACGACGGUAAGCUCCUGUCAUCCAUCAAGAACCUGAAUGACACGUCAGCCGUGAACAACUUUUCUAAAGAGAUGGCGGAGAAUUUCAGGACAUCGGACGGGAUCGCUCUUCAAAACAAAAUGACUAUUCCAAAAAGUGGACAGAGACUGGAAACGUCAACCAGCUGCUUCUACCAGCCGCAGAGGAGAUCGAUGAUAUUUGACAGCAGGAGCCACAGGCAGAUUGAGUGACUGGAGGUACAGUCACUGACUCUGACUGCGUAUGUAAAUAGGAUACAGUAUUCUUUUUUUUUAUAAAACCAUUAUGUAUUUGAGAAAGAGCUAAAGAAGCCAUGACGUAUGUGAAAGCCAUUUAAGCUUGACUCAGAUCCGGUCCUGCAACUAAUGAUUUUUAACAUUAUCCAUCAAUCUGCUGAUUAUUUUCUCGAUUAGUCGAUUAAUUGUUUGGUCUUUAAAAUAUCAGAAAAUAGUUAAAACAAAUAGAACGAUCUAUUAAUCGACUAAUCGUUCUACCCAGUCUCACGCCAAAGCGUGUAAUAGACCCGCUGAUCCACUAGAGGAUAACGUGCCAGUGUCACGUUUUACCUCACCAAGUAAAAGUACACACGUGCAUAAUGGUGCAGUAUAAAGAGUCCACUUAGGGAGGUCAGGCUGGAUGGACAGGACUUUCACCCCACAGGCCAUUGUUAAAGUAUUGUGUGAAACCAAAAGUCAAUCCUGAUGUCUUUUAAGUUACAUACGUAGUAAGUUAAUUUACAUCAGGUACAUAACUUAACAUAUGAUCUUUUCCUGAGUCUAACCAAGUACUUUUGGUGCCUAAACGUAACCAAACUACAACCUCUGCAAGCUUUAUUCUGAAAGUGUAACCAGACAUUUAUUGCAUAUUUAUUAUUGCUAACCUGACGUGUUGAAAAUGUGACACUGCCACGGUGGACCGGUGCUUUGGCGGGAUACCCGGUUGAAAGUGUUUCAGCUCUACUGAGGUCAAUGAAGGAAACAGUUUUUAAAAGUUAGUUUCAUACUCAUGUCAAGUUACAGUGUGUGUGAGAAACAGAUAUCAAGUCUCCUCUGUCACAUACAGUAUGUGCGUGGUCCUACACAGUCACAGUGAAUCACUGCCAUAAAGGAUUUAGAGCGCAGUCUCUGUGUAGCAGAGAUUUGGACUGAUAAAAAUAGAAUCUGUUAACUGAGGAAAUUAGCUGCCAUGGAGCAUUUGUAGGACAAAGUAGCUUAACAAAAUAAAAACCUUAACUCAAGAUCCACCUAUUAGCUUUCAGAGGUUCCAACCAAAUCUCAGGGUUUCUCUCACAGUCAUGGAGACAGUUCAUUUAGCUCCAUCCACUGAGGAAGGCUGUGAGAUGCAGUUGAAAUUUAAAAAGCUAGUAAGUGGACCUUAAGUUCUUUUGUUGUUGUUGUUGUUAAUUCACAUGGAUUUGUUGUUUUAAUAUGUUCCCUUUUCAUCCUCUCUUUCUAAAAUAACUUUCUUCCAGGUUUCAUUGAAGCAAAAUAGUUUGUGAUGGUCACUGGGAAUUUGGACAAAAAUGUAACCAGAAAAGUAAUUUUAAAGAAACAAACACACCCAAUGUGUGUAAUGAUGAUGACAUAGUUGAAUUAUUUGAAUUUCCCGACUGUCAACAACCAGAAUCCAUACGACGUCAGAUUACGACCUCUUCACAUAAAUAAUCAUGUAUGAACUGAACUUAUCCUCAUUAAAGGCUCUGAAUAAAGGAAGUGCACAGUGAAGGUUACCAAAAAAUAAAAUGCUAAACUGAAGAACUGACAAUUGAACUGUUAAACAGUUUAACAGCCAUAAUUUGAUCAUGUACAUGAAGACGUGUUUAUUUAUUCUUUUAUUAACAAACUUGAUACUUAUAAAAUAUAAAAUAAAUAAUACUGUAUGUAGCUGUCCGCUCUGUGAUGAGCUGAUGUCAAUGUGAUUUUAACUAAUAUUUAAAAGGAAAAUCCCUUUUUUGAUUUAAAUAUAUCACAAACUUAAUAAAGAGUAUUUACCCACAGAAGGACUUUAAUUCAUAUGUAUCUUUAUUUUCUUUAAUUGCUUUGUGUUUUAUGGCAUUUGGGUUUUUGACAGUAAUGAGAACCUGUAUUGUAGUAAAGAGUAAAUCUCAUAUUAUGAAAAGUAAACUGGAGGUUGACUGUGUGCACGCUGACUGUAUUCAAUGUGUUUGAGCUUUGAUGGUGCUUUGACGGUAUCUCCAGGUUUUUGUUUCUCUUCUUUGAAUUUUACAAACACGGGAUCUGAUGUAUUUACCUUUUGUGCUACUUGUGGGUGAGCAGCCCCUGAACAUUGUUCGGAUGUUUAAGGAGGUUACAGUUUAUUUUUUAAGGAUGCAGUUGUUAUUGAGGUGUGACACAGUGUUUCUGUAUACUGUAGUUUGGAUGGACUGGAUGAAUGACUACAGUGUUUUAUUCAAAGUGAGAUAUAUAUGUUUUUUUUAUGUGUUUUGUAUCUUGUGUAUACUUGUUGAUACUGAAAAUGAUUCAUGUUCUCAUAGGAAAAACAACUGAAUGGAGAAUUUUGAGAUGAAAGUUUUGUCUUCAUUAUUAGAUGACGGCACCUGAUGUAAUGUACAUAAGAGACUCGAUGAGUUCUGUUACAACAGAAAGUUAUGAGAAUAAAAAUGUCUGACAAUCAGUCGGUGGUUCUGUAA